GGGCUAUUUGUGUAAUGAUCUGCCACUUGCCCAAUGGGCUGAUUCAGAAAAACUGGUCCACAUUUGGUGUAAGGUCAGAUUCGUCAAUCAAAAAUUGAGUACAGCCAUUAUAGCACAAAUCACAACUCUUGAAGCUUAUUGUUUAUUAUUUAUAUAAAGCUUCAAAGAAUAGUUGAAGGUUGAAGGUGAAAAAUUUGUGCAACAAUGGCGUGGAGAUCAAACCUCUCUCGGAACCUCAAAGAGCUUCGCAUCCUCUUUUCUCCAUCGGCAUCUGAAAGUGCUACCACUAGGUUGUUCAUUGAGAAGAACUACAGAGAUCUCAAGACCCAAAACCCCAAAUUACCUAUUUUGAUUCGUGAGGCCAGUUCUAUCGAGCCUCAGCUUUGGGCUAGAUAUGACUUGGGAGUUGAAAGGGGCAUCAAACUGGAGGGAUUGACGGAGGAGCAGAUCGCAAAGGCACUUGAGGACCUUGGUAAAGUAGGGGCAUCCGUUAAAUCUUGAUGACAUUGGAUCUGCAGAAUUGUAUGUCUUUGCAUUCAGCACUUUGUAGAGUUUCGUCCUUUCAUUGUGCUUUCUAAAAUAAUAUUUUGGUGUUAGCUAUCAUGAAUCAAACUAACCGUGCAUAAACUUGGAAGUCUGGAUAUUUGGCUUUUAUUUGGUGUUGGAAGGCAAAUGUUUGAAA